CGGUGGCUGAAGCCCUGCAGUGUCGGUGUAUCCUGAGAGGGAAGGACACUCUCUUAUCCUCCUUUAAUCGUCCUGUAGCUUUGCAGAACAGAUUCAGCAGAGCAGGUUUGCUUUCACCGGUUGGUCAGUGUUGUGGUUGAUAUUAAUCCACCAGCUGCAGGCUUCAGGCGCUUUCUUCAAGGAGGACAAAAAGCCGACAGGAGAAAUUUUAACAAACAAACAAACAAACCUUUUCAAGUUCAAGUUGUCAUUUUGCUAACUAGCUAAAAGGCUAAUCAUGCUGGUACGUAAAGUCACUCAGAAUGCGGCGCUGUGUAAUGCUGUGCUUCGCCUACCACAGUCCAUGUCAGGAACACAACGGCAAGCAGGAGCUGUCGUAGCUGUGCAAAGCCUGCGUCCUUAUGUUAGCCAAAGUGCUGAGGCGGUCUUGGAGAAGUCGUCAGCCAGCAGUGGUGUUGCUGCCAAGGCUGAAAGAGUGGACAAGAAGGCUGCCAGUGUGGAGUCAAAAUCCUUUGCUGUGAACAUGUUUAAAGGGCAGAUCAGCACCUCACAGGUGUUCCCCUUUCCCACAGUGCUGAAUGAGGAGCAGUCCGAGUUUCUCAGGGAGCUCGUGGGACCUUGUUCAAAGUUUUUUGAAGAAGUAAAUGACCCUGCUAAGAAUGAUCAACUGGAGAAGGUAGAAGAUCAGACCUUGGAGGGGCUGAAGGAGAUGGGAGCUUUUGGCCUGCAGGUGCCUGCUGAUCUGGGCGGCGUGGGCCUCAACAACACACAGUAUGCCAGGCUGGUGGAGAUUGUGGGCAUGCAUGACCUGGGCGUGGGCAUCACCCUUGGUGCUCACCAGUCCAUCGGCUUUAAGGGUAUUCUCCUCUUCGGCAAUGAGCAACAGAAAGAGAAGUACCUUCCCAAGCUGGCCUCAGGAGAAACAAUUGCUGCAUUCUGUCUGACUGAGCCAUCUAGUGGCUCAGAUGCUGCCUCUAUCAGGUCUGUUGCUGUGCAAUCACCCUGUGGAAAGUACUUCACCCUCAAUGGAAGCAAAAUUUGGAUCAGUAAUGGAGGCCUGGCUGAGAUCUUUACUGUGUUUGCUAAGACUCCAGUGAAAGAUGAGAAAACUGGAGAAGUGAAGGACAAGAUCACUGCUUUCAUUGUUGAAAAAAGCUUUGGAGGAGUUACACAUGGCCCUCCAGAGAAGAAGAUGGGCAUCAAGGCCUCAAACACAGCAGAGGUGUACUUUGAGAACGUUCGUAUACCAGCCGAGUGCGUACUGGGUGAAAUCGGAGGAGGAUUUAAGGUGGCCAUGAAUAUCCUUAACAACGGGCGCUUUGGCAUGGCUGCAGCACUCUCAGGAACCAUGAAGGGUGUUCUCGCUAAAGCGGUGGACCAUGCUGCGAACAGGACACAGUUCGGUAACAAAAUCCACAACUACGGAGUCAUACAGGAGAAAAUGGCCAGAAUGGCCAUGAUGCAGUAUGUUACAGAGUCUAUGGCCUACAUGGUCAGUGGGAACAUGGACAGUGGAGCAACAGAUUUCCAGAUCGAGGCUGCCAUCAGUAAAAUCUUUGCCUCUGAAGCAGCAUGGACUGUGACUGAUGAGUGUAUUCAGAUUAUGGGUGGAAUGGGUUUCAUGAAGGACGCUGGUGUCGAGAGGGUCCUGCGAGACCUGCGAAUCUUCCGUAUCUUUGAGGGCACCAACGACAUUCUGCGACUCUUCGUGGCGCUCAACGGCUUCCAGAAUGCAGGAAAUCAGCUGAAGAACUUACAAAAAGCUCUGAAAAGUCCAUUCAGCAAUGCUGGCUUGUUGGCUGGGGAGAUCACCAAACGUGCCAAAAGGAAGGCUGGCAUGGGUACAGGCCUCACGCUGCAGGGAAGUGUCCAUCCAGAACUGGCUCACAGUGGCGCUCUGGCGGUUAAAGCUAUUGAGCAGUUUGGAGAGGUGAUUGAAGAACUGCUUCUAAAGCAUGGCAAAAGGAUCAUUGAUGAGCAGUUUGUGCUGAAAAGAGUUGCAGACUGUGCUAUUGACUUAUAUGCUAUGGUUGUGGUGCUGUCCCGGGCCUCCAGGUCUUUGAGUCAGGGUCACUCUUCUGCUCAGCAUGAGAAGAUGCUUUGUGAAACCUGGUGUACUGAGGCUCAUGAGAGAAUCAUGCAGGACAUCAAGUUCCUGAGGUCAGGCACAUCCAAGCAGAUCUUCAAGAACCUGCGGGCCAUUUCUGCAGCUGUGGUAGAGAAUGGAGGGGUGGUUUCUCCUCAUCCCUUGGGCUUUUAAAAAUCACUUUCCUCUUUCUCUUAGUGCCAUCAGUCAGUCAUAAUCUAACUGUCUCUUAGACAUUGAUAAGCAUUCAUAUUUCAUGUGACUUUCCACAUGGCUCAGUGCUUCAAAGCUGGGCGAGUGGAGGGAAUUGUUAUACCCCUAUAAGACUUGCUAGUACCAGUCUGUAAAAUUAAUGUCAAAUAAACUGAAUCUGCAAAGAUUUCAGCACAGGAAAUGUUUCGAAAGUGUUUUGGGGUCUGUAACUGGUUGGUAUAGUAUGUGAGAGAUUCACUGAUUGAAAAUAUAGUACUAGGGUUUUUUUUUUUUUUGUUUGUUUGUUUUUUUUAAACCACAUACUUGGACCCACAUCUGGCCUCUUUCUAGUGUUGUUAAUUUGUCAUUGUAUUGAAGGGAUUUUAACUGAAAAACAGUUGUUAUUUUGCCAUGUCAUUGUCUUUUAGAGCUAAUUUUGGCCUGGUUCAACAUUGUUUUUCCAUCAUCAGUACACUCUGUACAUAAGAUUUUAUAUUUGUGUAUAAACUGUCAGACUGCCUUAGUGAAUUUAACUUUUUAAGGCCUUCUAUUACUUGGCUAUUGAACAUCCCUUGAAGAAUUCUUGCAGUCAAAUGGUUAGAAAAAUUAGCAAGAAAUCAUUUGGGUGUUUUUGUAUUCAGUUUAUCACAAAUAUCCUCAAUUGCUGUGUGCUGCGGUACUGAAAUGUAAAUGUGCAUAACUGUAACAGUGUAACUUUUUUAUUUAGUAGAUUUUGGAUUUCAUUCCCACAAUUCUGUGCAUGUAGGAUUUUCUGUUCCUGUUGUAAACAAUGGCUGCAGAUCUGCAUAUGUGUGAAAUGAGACGUGAAAGCCUUAAUUGUACUCCCUGUCUGUUCGUCUAUUCACAACAGAAAUUGCAGAAUUUGAGCAAUAUAUUUAUUACAAAUUAACGUGGUAAGGAUUACACACAUGCAUACAGUUGAUCAGUGCCUGAAAUUCACAAUGCAGUUACAGUAAAUUAAGAUUAGUUUGACUAAAGAAAUGUCAAGAGGUCUCUGCAGGAGGUUUUUAACCAUGUAACAGAGUCUUGUGGUUAAAAAUAAAUAAACUUGCCAGAAUUAAAUAAACAAGAAAAUGAA